AUGCGCCAAAACAUGCGCUUCGUUCCUUGCAGGCAUAGCCGCACCCCACUGCCUAUCCUCCUGGCGUUGAUUUGCUUCGCUCCAGCCUUUGUUCCUGGACCCAUUAGCCAGAAUCUCCAGAGACAGCACAGGCUUCCUCAUCUGACUUGCGCACGAGAUGUGCGCUGCAGGGCUAGAGGGGGUGAGGAGGACACGGCUGUGGCAGUCGGUGAUUUGGUCGAAGGUCUGUAUCCAGAUGAUGAGCAGUGGUAUCCAGGAGUUGUGGACAAGGUCAAUGACGAUGGCACCUACACCGUCAAGUGGGAUGAUCCGGAUGGUGGGCCAGAGAGCCAUAACCUUGAAUUAGACAAACUCAAGAAGAUUAUCAUCUACAAGGACUAUAAAGUCGGAGAAGCAGUUGAAGCUGUCUUUGAAGAUGGUAUGUGGUACCCGGCUGAGGUUACCAAGAUCAACGAUGAUGAGACUUUCACCGUCAAGUGGGACGACCCAGACGGUGGUCCAGAAACCUCUGAGGUGAAGGCACAAGACAUGAAGUAUCCGCCUAUCCCCUUUGAAAAGCUAGAAGUGGGUCAGAAGUACACUGGAACAGUUCGUUCCGUCCUCGAUUUCGGUGCUUUUGUCGACAUCGGUGCUGAAUCAGACGGCCUGCUGCAUAUAUCUAGGAUGUCAAAGGAGAGGAUUGACAAUAUUUACGAUUUCGUCCAAGAGGGACAGGAUGUAGAUGUUUGGAUCAGCGGGAAGCGAGAUGAUGGAAAGUAUGGCUUGACCAUGGUCGAGGGAAUGACAGAUGACGGAGGCCGUCGUGCCCCUGCGGACCUCACGCCUUUCCAAGAUCUUUCCCCAGACGACUGGCAAAAAGGAGUUGUUGCACGAACUGCUCCGUUUGGUGCUUUUGUCACGGUGACGCUGGAAGGAGGAGCAUCUGCUGAUGGACUUGUUCAUGUGUCACAGAUCAAGGAUGGAUUCGUAGACAACGUGGAUGAUGAGCUUUCUGUUGGUCAGGAGGUCCAAGUCCGCGUACAGUCUGUUGACAUCGAUGCUGGUAGGAUGAGUCUGUCGAUGCGUGCCGGCUUUGGAGGAGGCGGCGGAGGCGGCGGCUUCAGAGAGCCCGCAGACCUCACAGCCUUCGCAGAGGUCUCAUCAGAUGAGUGGAUGACUGGUAAAGUUGCGCGGCUGGCUCCCUUCGGUGCUUUUGUCACAGUCACCGCCAAUGACGUUUCCGCGGAUGGGCUGGUACACAUAACCCAGAUCAGGGACGGCUUCGUGGAGAGUGUAGAAGACGAGCUGUCGGAGGGUCAGGAGGUGCAAGUUCGCAUUGAAUCCGUCGACACGGACAACGGAAAGAUGAGCCUUUCAAUGAAGCCCGCGGGAUUUUGA